UACCUGUCAGAAAAAAACGCUUAAAGGAAUGUUUCACAGCAAGCACUGUAGAUCACACACAAAUCACUACGUGGCGCUAUUGCUCUUUCCAAACAGGUCCACAAAAGCCCUUUAAAUUUCCGGAAACAAACGAACUACUUCGUUCAAGUUAAGGGGACGGACUAUCAGCUUGAGAGUAAACUUGCGUCACAGGAAAGAGGAGGAAUAGUUUCUCCGACUGGAUCCGAGCUUGGAGGCGGAAGUGCCCGAGGCUGACGUCACGCAGCGGGUUCAGCGGAGCUCGGUCGUGCAGUGCCCCGCGACCGGUGCAUCUUUUUCCCCGGUCAGUGGGGCUCUAGGACGCAAACCAUGGCAGAGCUCGAAGACGUAACGCUGGACGGAAGGCCGCUGGACAGCCUACGGGUCACCGAUUUGAGAGCCGCGUUAGAAGAACGGGGACUGGCCAAAAGCGGCCAAAAAAACGCACUUAUUAAGCGUCUUAAAGGGGCAUUGAUGCUGGAAAGUCUACAGAAACAAUCUACUCCCCAUGCUGGUUUUCAGCCAAAUUCACAGAUGGGGGAGGAGAUGGGACAAAACAGCUUUAUUAAACAGUAUCUAGAGAAGCAACAAGAGUUACUUCGACAGAGACUACAGAAGGAAGCAAGAGAAGCUGCAGAAACUGCAGAGCCUUUAGCAGAAUCUGAAGAUGAGAACAUACCCACGGACAUGGUUCCAGAGCCACCUGAUCUAAUCCGCUCUGUUAUGAAGAUUCCAGAAGAAGGGCUGCAAAAGCGCACACCAAAAAAAUGUCAGCCAGUUUUGGAAGAGCCUGAGGAUUCAGAGGAAGAGCUUCCUCGAAAAAGAGAGAGAAGAUCACCACGGGUAAAGCAGGCCAAAACUUUGAAGCCCUUGGUGCUGGCGCAGCCAUUACAGGAGCAGGAGCCACGGAGGGUAUCUACACGUGUGCGGCGGUCUAAAGGUGAUGCAAAUACUUUAAAAGAUGAAGCAGAAGAUGUGGGGGAAGAGGAAGAAGAGAUGGAAGAAGAUCAAGAGAUGAAACUUGAUGAAGAAACUCCCAAGAGAAGAAGGUCAUCUUCAAGGACAGUCACUCCUCAAGCCACAAAGUCACCAGGACCAAAUCGUUCACCUUCUCCGUCUGGGUUGACAGAAAAGAGGUGCAGAACACUAUCAGCUGAGGCAGAACAAGUGCCUGAGGAGAGGGUUCCACCAUUGCUGCCUUUAGAAGGCAUACAGCAACAGAUUUCUGAGAAGCAUACAUCUCCAGAAUCUGAAAAACCAGCAUCCCCAAAAUUUCUGCAAAUAGACAGGAGUUACAAGUCUCCUCAGAAGUGGGGGCGUCAAGCUAGGGAGAAGAUGGAACGAGGUUUAGAGCCAGAUGCACAAAAAUAUCAGGAAUCUUCAUUUGUUAUUAGAAAAACAUCAAGCUGGAGCCAGGAAACAGAAAAGCUUAGAAUUAAACAUCAAGAGCUCAAGUUGAAUGAGGAGAAUGAAGGAGAACUCAAACCUUUAUUUAUAACAAAAAGUCCAACAUCAAAGGAUAUAAAAACAAGCCCUGCACUGGUUUUAAUUAAGCCUCCUUCUCAAGGAAGGUCAGACAGAAAGACAACAGUGGGAGAUCACAGCAUUCAAAUAGUGGAAAAGUCAUCAGGAAGAGGUGUUCAAGCCAUGUCUGUAUUAGAAAAACAAGAGCCAACCACAAAUAAAAUUAUCAAAGAAGACAUCAAAUCUUUGCAAAUAUCCAUUUGCCCCGAUACUGAAAGAUUACCUGAAACAGAGAAGAAAGUAACAGAUAUUGAAUCUCCUGAAUCAGAAAAGUCACUAGCAAUUUCCUCCUUGGGUGCACCUCCCUUAACCAAAAUGAGAAAACUGAAAAUUAAGACACAUGAUCAUUCACAACAUGAUAUAGCGAAAAUAAGAUAUGCACAUAGCCAUGCCAAAUUGGAAAAGGUGACACCAGAGUUAAGUAAAGAAUCAAGUGAAAUUAUUGUAUGCAGAGAUGUACCAUUUGUGCCUCAAGUAAAGGAAUGUGAGCAACAAUCAGAGCAUAAAACUGCAACACCCCAUCAAAAAGAAAAGAUGGAAAACACAUCUUUGAUAAAUCAGCAGGUAGAUAAUAGGGAGACUGCAGAGCAUUUAGAGAGAGAGGAAAGUAUGGAGACCGAGGAACAUGUGAAUACAAAAGAACACGUGGAAAGAGGAGAAGACUCCAGUUAUAGUAUUUCUGAUCAAGAAAAGCUGGUGGAAAAAACAGAAAUUGGUUCCACUUGUUUAUCUGUUUUAGAGAUAGCAAAGGAACAUAGCCUCCCUGAUGGUGCUACGAAAGAAGAAGAACCUGUUUCCAUUGAAUUGAAUGCAGCAAACCCCCCUACAGCUCUAAGAAGUGAUUCUAACAUAUCAUUGGAGAUUCAGGAAACUUCAGUAUUAAAGACUGAAGAAGAAGUGCCACAAAGCAUUCAAGAAGAUAUUAGUGUAGCGCUAAUAGAAAAUACCAAAGAACAGGAACAAGCAUCUUUGGAGACAGUGAAGGAAAUUGUUUCUGAAGGGACAUCUGAAACAGUUUUAUGUGUCACAUCAACUACAUUACUUCCACAUGACAAAUUUGUAUGUACAGAAGAUCAACUAUCUGCAGGAUAUGAGCAAGAAAAAGAUACUCCUAUUUUGGUGUCCCCAAAAGAGAAUGUUGCAGUAGAGGAAGCUUUGGAACAACCACAUAACAUUCCUGGAUGUGUAGAGGAAGUAACACCUUUAAAAACUCCAGAAACGCAUUUAGAAAUGGAAGAAAAAGACCUUGCUCUAAUAAAUAAUGAAGAUUCGAAAGAAAUUAUUCCAGAACUUACUGUUCUUCAAUCUACAACUGAAUCUGUGACUAAUGUUAAUACAGAUUCUGUGGAUCAGGACAUUUUUGAUACACCUAUAAUUCAAGAUACCUCUGAACUAGAAGCAACAGAAGGAAAAAAUACUUCUUUUAUCCAAGAUAAAACUGAUAUUACAGCAGUGAUCGGAAAUGUUCCUCAUGAAUCAGAGCCUGCUGCUGAUGAUGAACCAACAAUCCAUGCCAGCUUGGAAAAUAUCAGAGAUGAAGAACCUACAACAGUGUUGUCACCUAAUGAAAGUUCUAUGGCGGUUCAAGAAACCACCAAUUCAGCAUUACAACAGCAUACAGUAACUGUAGUAAUGGAAGAAUCCCCCAUAAAGUUACAGGAUGAUCAUGUUUCAGACCUAGUGGUAAAAGAGAGUGGUUGUCCCACGAACAAUGAAAAUUCUGAAAUGAUGGCCUCAGAGAUGUUGACUGACAAUCAGAAACCUUCUGAAACUGUGCAAUUAGAAGAGAGUGCCUCAUUAAUUACACAGGAAAGUAAUGAAUUAGAAAAUGGCAAAACUACCAAUGAAGCCAAUAAUGAUUCUCAAAAAAUAGAGAAGAUGGAAGAUGUGUUGGAAGAUAGCAAGGCUGCUUUUUCAGUUAUGGAAGAGCCAAACAUAAUAGAUUCAGACAGCUUGCCACAAUCCACAAAUCAAGAGGAAAGCAUAGACAAACCUACAGUAAGCACAACUAUUGACAAGGAAAGCACAGAGCUUACAGAUUGCACAAAAGUUGUACAGGUAGAUCAGCCAUUUAGUGUAGAAUUUGUAGAAAAAUUGGAAGACAAUAUUGCCUCUGAAUCAGAAUGCCUAUCUGUAACUCCCAUAGAAAUAACACCAACUUCUCCCCCUGAGAAAUUAGAACCAGAAUGCCUAUCUGUAACUCCCAUGGAAACGACACCAACUUCUCCCCUUGAGAAGUUAGAACCAGAAUGCCUAUCUGUAACUCCCAUGGAAACUACACAAAUUUCUCCCCUUGAGAAAUUAGAACCAGAAUGCCUAUCUGUGACUCCCAUGGAAAUGACACCAACUUCUCCCCUUGAGAAAUUAGAACCAGAAUGCCUAUCUGUAACUCCCAUGGAAAAGACACCAACCGCUCCCCUUGAGAAAUUAGAACCAGAAUGCCUAUCUGUAACUCCCAUGGAAAAGACACCAACCUCUCCCCUUGAGAAAUUAGAACCAGAAUGCCUAUCUGUAACUCCCAUGGAAAAGACACCAACCUCUCCCCUUGAGAAAUUAGAACCCAGCCCUGAAAAAAAUGAAAACGAGACUGUUCGAUUCCCUCACUCCGAAAUGCACAGCACAGAAGAAGCUGUAGAAAAACAAGACGAUGCAGCACGUGCAACAGAAGAACCUUCAUUAAAUACAGACACAGGUGAUUUAAUUGAUGAAAACAAAGAAAUUUCCAGUAACAAACAACUAAAGCAUGAUCCACAUGAGGAUGAACCAGUGGUUCCUGUCAGGAGUUCACCACGAAGAAGAACCUCCUCAUCAUCAUCAUCGUCCUCAUCUUCUUCCUCAUCCUCUCGCUCAUCAAGCUCUUCUUCAGAGAGAUCAUCCCAUUCAAGACAUAGCUCCCAUUCUAAGUCAUCGUCUCUAGAUCGGUACAGCCGGAGGUCUAGAUCUUCGUCUGCCUCUUCAUCUAAGUCAAGAUCUUCUUCUUGCCACAGUGACGAGGUGGCAACAAAAAUGGUAAGCCCAGAAAUAAAGAAUUCUCCUGAUCAUCGGCCUCCUAGGAGCCCAUCCCCUCCUCAUCAGCAGUCAUCUGAACCCCCGCAGAGCAGCUCUCCACCUCCUUCAUCUACACCAGUGAAGCUGCAGGAAGACAUAAUAUCCCCUUUACAAAAUACUCUCCAACCAGGUCGUGGGGUGCGUCGGCAGUUGCAUUCAGAUUCAGAAGACCCAGACUUGCAGGAACAAACUAAACGAAUAAGAUUGGAGCAAGAAUCUGAGGACCGGGACUCUAAAAGUCCAGUCCCCAUGGAGCAGGAGGUGGAAGAGGAGCAAAGUCCAGAAAGUCCAGAAGUCGGCAGUGGCACACCAGAGAGCGAGGACGUGGUGAUGGAGGCUUCAGAGUGUCAACCAGAGGGUGAGACCCGAGAGGCUGCACCCCCACAGUCCUCAGAGGAUUGCUGUGAAGGAGAUGACAAAAAAGAGAGUACUACUCCACCAAGAACAUUCAAACGGAAGAUCUCGGUUAUAUCUGCUGGUAAAUGCUCUAUUCAGCCUUCAUCAUCCACUACAACGAACAGCGACAAUGAGGCUGCUCAUCCAGCAAGACGGAGGCGCUGGGGGGCCAGUACAGCAACAACCCAGAAAAAACCCUCAAUAAGCAUCUCCACUGAAUCACUUAAGAACCUAAUCCCAGAGAUUAAGGAGAUAAAGCAAGAGGCAGUGGUGGACCUUCAUGCUGAAGACACUCACAUUUCUGAAGACGAGGCAGAGAGAAAUGGAGAUGACAAUUCCCAUGACAAAGGCCUCAAAAUUUGCAGAACGGUUACACAGGUGGUACCAGCAGAGAUUAAAGAGAAUGGACAAGAGGAAGGAGAAGUGAGAGAAGAUGAGGCAGAAAAUGCUGCUGAACCUGAAGUGGGUCCUGUUCCAGUGGAGACUGAGGUAGCUCUUCCUAGUGAACCAGAAGUCAAGAAGCCCCCUGAAGAAAGUCCUGCAAGAGCAGAGGUUAGAGUAACUUUGGGAGAUACACUCUUAAGGCGUUCAAUCAGUCAGCAAAAGAGUGGUGUUUCUGUUACUAUAGAUGACCCUGUCCGAACAGCAUCUCAGCUUCCUUCUCCCCCACGCAACAAAAUUAGCUGUAUCGUGCAUAUCUGUAAUCUGGUCAGACCUUUCACUUUGGGACAACUGAAGGAGUUGCUUUCUCGUUCAGGAACUAUAGUAGAGGAAAACUUCUGGAUAGACAAAAUCAAAUCGCACUGCUAUGUCACGUAUUCCACAACAGAAGAAGCUGUUGCAACUAGGAACUCUCUUCAUGGUGUAAAAUGGCCGCAGUCCAAUCCAAAAUUUCUCUCCGUUGACUUUGCUGAGCAAGAUGAGCUGGAUUUCCAUCGGGGUCUUUUGGUCGAGCGCCCGCCAGAGCCAAAACCAGAGGAACAACCUCAUCCCCACCCCCACAUCCCUGCUUUGCGAGGUGAGCACAGAGAGCACGAACGAGGAGCUAGAGAGCAGUGGGCAGAGAGAGAGCGAGAGAUGGAAAGAAGAGAACGCACACGUUCAGAGAGAGAGUGGGAUAGAGAUAAGAUCCGGGAAGGACCCAGAUCACGCUCUCGAGACCGUAGGAGGAAAGAACACGCAAAGUCCAAGGAGAAGAAGAACGAAAAGAAAGAGAAAGUACAAGAAGAACCCCCAGCAAAACUCUUGGAUGAUUUAUUUCACAAAACCAAAGCUGCCCCUUGUAUAUAUUGGCUCCCACUCACUGAAGACCAGAUUCUGAAAAAAGUUGCAGAUAGGGCAGAGCGUGCCAAGGAGCGAGAGAAGCGGAGGAAAGAGCAAGAGGAGCAAGAAGAGGAGGAGAGAAAAGAGAGAGCAAAGGAGAGGGAAAAAGAGGCUGAAAGAAAUAGAGAGAGAGCACGAGAGGCUGAUAGAGAAAAAAGAAGAGAGCACAGUAGAGAGCGCCCACGUGAAAGAGAGCGGCGGGAAACUAAGAGGCACAGCCGUAGUCGCAGUAGAAGUACACCAGUGAGAGACAGAGGAGGCCGGCGCUGAACACAACCUGCUGAUGACCUCCUCUACUGACAUCCAGCCUCUUAAAACUCCUGUCCAGCAUCAAAGGGGUUAAUAGUGCACCGGUUCACACAGAUGUACAGUAACCAUGUGGUUAGAGAAGUGGUGCUUCUUAAGGCCCCUACCAAAGGGAAAGGUGUAUUUAAAAUGCAGGAUAUAGCUUCUGUGGUUCCAAAAUACAUUUUGAAGCUUUGCCCUUGCAAGCCAAUUUGUUUGGUCCCCUUUGGUAUGUAAAUUUCCUUUUUAUUUUAUCCACCCCCCGCUCCCCAUUUUAAUUGUAUACUUCCGGGUGUAGAUUUAACAUACCGGGUGUUUCUGGACAGUUUGUGCAAUGAGGUUUUUCUCCCUUUCCAAUGUUCCCACCUUAAUCUUCUAACUGCCUUAUGCCCAAGGACAUAUCCAUGGUAGAAAGAAGGUUACUUUACAUCCUCUGCUCAAGUGGCUUUCACAUGUGGCAUCUUCCCCACUUAAACCUAUUUUUGUUUAUUUUUUUUAUUAUAAAUGAAGUGGAUUAUCAGAAAAUAAAAAUCUGAGUUAGUUUUA